AUGAAGAUUGGUCUGGUCAGCUGGGGAUGCAGGGUGCGGUCAGUUAUCCGCAGGAGCGGACGCGCAGAAGCGGUUGGACUCCCGCAGAAGCAUGGUGAGGACACGUAUCACUGGAUCCGACGAUCACACACCCGCGCCCCCGCUAGAGCCAUGAAAGGCCGGGGCCGGGGUAGAGGCCGAGGAGGGGCACAUGGUGAAGCUAGAGGACCUGACCGAGCUGCGACAGAGGAGCCACCAGUAGCUCCAGUUGGGGGGCAGGCACCUGAGGCGCCUGUUGCCACCGCUGCACUUCAGGAGACCUGGAAGCCAGGGGUGGAGUUUAGGCGGGCAGGGGUCGCCUUAGAGGGGGAGGCCAGACCAGAUGUUGUGCUCUUCCGAUUGAAGGUGACUCAGGAAUUAGGACAAUACAGUCUUUACUAUCAAAUAACUUUUUGUGUGCUUCAACUAUUUGCUAUUAAUGAGGGUGAGGUACAUGUCAUAGUUCCUAGCAUCAUUCACUAUAAUGAACCCUAUAAUGUCUCUGUAGAUGUUGGUACUGAUUGUGAGUCUUCUAAAGAUGAUGAACCUUAUGCUUAUGUGAUUAACUCUAGUGAUUAUGAUACUCAUGAGUUGGAUCUAUUUAGAAAGGAAAGGACUAGGGAAGUCAAUGAUAAAUUGGACAAGUAUAAGGAGUUGGAGAUGGGUAUGAGCUUUAAAGAUUUAGCUGAAGCUAAAAGAGUGGUUGGCUACUAUGCUGUUGUUAAUAAUAAGGGACUUAGAGUUGAGAAGAGUGACACUGGUAGAGUUAGAUAUAGUUGUGAUGUUGGAUGUCCUUUUGUGUGCUUGAUAUCAAGGGAUAAUAGAGCUCAAGGUUUUAAAAUCAAGACUCUAAAAAGUAAGCAUAAUUGUGUUCCAGCAUAUAAGAAUAGAAGAGCUACUCCACAAGCAUUGGCAUACUACUUCAAGAAUAAAGUACAAAACAAUCCUAAGUAUAAAGUGAAAGAAAUGAGGGUUGACCUGGAGGAUAUAUUCAGCCUUAAUAUUAGUUAUUCAAAGAUGAAGAGGGUUAAAAGACUUGUCUUAGAGAAAUUAGAGGGUAGCUACAUUGAUGAUUACAAUAGGCUAGAGGCCUAUGCUCAAGAAUUGAGGGACAGUAACCCAGGAUCUGAUGUGAUUAUAAAUAUCUCUAAAGAUGCUUUGGCAGAAGGAAAAAGAAGAUUUCUUAGAAUGUAUGUGUGCUUCCAAGCUUUGAAGAGUGGCUGGAAAGCUGGUUUGAGACCCUUAAUAGAUCUGGAUGGCACAUUUUUGAAAGAGAAGUGCAGGAGAAUUCUAAUGGUUGCUAUGGCUCAAGAUUCAGUGAAACACUUUUACCCACUUGCUUGGGCAGUGGUGGAUAGAGAAACAUCUAGAAUAUGAAAGUGGUUUAUGGAGCUAUUGAGAUCUUCAUUAGAGCUGGGAGAUGGUGAAGGAGUGACAUUUAUGUCAGAUAUGCAGAAGGGUUUUUUGGAUGCUGUAUCUACUGUGGUACCUAAAUCACAUCAUAGAUGGUGUGUUAGGCAUCUUGAAGCUAAUUGGAGCAAGAAUUGGAGGGGUGUAGAGAUAAAAAAUUGCUAUGGUGGUAUGCUUGGAGCACUUAUGAAGAAGAAUUCAAAGAUCAUUUGAAGACAAUGGGUGAUAUUAAUAAAAAUGCUGCUAAAAAUCUCAUAUGGUACCCACCCAAAACU